AUGGAUAAGUUGAAAUUACAUAUAGAUUCAAAUCUGCUUAAUAAUGAGAUUGACAAUGAAAAUAAUUCAGAGUCAGGAGAUUCUCAUGAUUCUGAUCAUAAUGGUAUUAAAAAAAGAAAUAGAAUAUCAUUUGUUUGUCAAACAUGUAGAAAAUCAAAGACUAAAUGUGAUCGUGAAAAACCUGAAUGUGGUAGAUGUAAGAAAAUGGGCAUUAAAUGUAUAUAUGAUGUAUCAAAACAAGUUCCACCAAGGAUACCAAGUAAAGAUGCUACAAUUGCAAGAUUACAAAAGGAUGUUAAUUAUUGGAAGGAUAAAGCAAUGAGGUUGAUGAAUGAACAAGGUAUAGAUAGCACAGAUCAAAUAGAUAAUGAAUUGCUUCAAUCCACGACAAAUGAUCUAGAAAAUUCGAAGAAUGAUUCUUCCUCAUCGAAUAAUAAUGAUAAUAAUAGUAAUAAUGAUAGAAAGAGAUCAUUAUCAAUAUCAGUAGAUCCAAACGUUAAAAGAUCACACACUAGAAGAUUAAAAGAUAUUCAGAUUAACCUUUAUAAGAAUCAUUCAACUUUGAUUUUCAGUAAAGUUAUGAAACAAGACGUUAAGCCAUUAUCUGAGAAUUUCGUCAUCAUUCAAGAUAAAUUUGUUUCAUCUUUAAUUGCAUCAGUGUUUAUUCAUCCAUCAAGAUAUUCAAUGAUCCCUGCAUUGACUGCAAAUGCAAAUAUCUCUAGAGCUCAACCUAGUGUACGAAGUAAUAUAGUCAAAUUGAAGGAAAUCUUAAUGAAUAAAUAUAAAGAUCCUUUCCAAAGAUCUAAAAUUAAUGAAUUUACCGAUAGAAUCCUACAGAGUGCUAAUUCUUCAAGAAAUUUGAAAAUUGGUAUGAUUUUAUCAAUGCUUUAUAAUACUGUGGGACAUGAAUACCUUGAAGAUCAUUGUUUAAAACCGGGUGAAUAUUCAGAUCUACUGCAGAAUUUUAUUACAGAGUUUGAAAAAAUUUUACCUCCAAAAGAAAUUGUCGAUAGAUAUAAAGCUCAUUUUUAUGAAUAUGUUCAUCCAAAUUUACCAUUCUUAGAUAUUGAUAUGUUUGAAGAAACUAUAUCAGAGACUGUGAUAAGAGAUCCAAAUGAUGACACUAAGAUCAAAAUUAAUCUAGGGAAUACUCAUUUACGUUAUAAACUAGAAAAUUUGAGUAUUUUGUUAGUGUUAAUAAAAUUAUCCUAUAUCUCUUACAGUUUUUGUGAUGUAGAGGUUAGAGGUUUCCCAAGUCAAUAUUUGAGUAAUGAUAUAGUGAACAGUUACCCAGUGAGUAACGACGUUAUUUUAUUGGCUCAGCGAUGCUUAGCCUCUGAGAAUUGGUGUGCUUGCACUAAUGAAAAUAUUAUUACAUGUUUGCUUUAUAUUUGGUCAUUUUUUGCAUUCUCGCCAGAAGAAGGUGACUUCUUUUUGGAACACCCAACAGAUGUCAUCAGUAGUCUGAUUAUGAUGCUGUCAACAUCCAUUGGACUUCAUAGAGAUCCAUAUGACUUUCCACAAUUAAGAGAUCAAAGUUUGUCCGAUAAAAGAAUAUUGAAUCAAAGAAGAUUAUUAUGGAUUUCCGUAGUUGGGGUUUGUUCAUUUGAGUCCACUUUGAAAGGUAGACAUCCAAUCUUAUCAAUGGACUUGGUAUCUUCAUUCAUGGAUAUUAGAAGUCCUGAUUUUUCAAAAAAUUAUAUUGAGAGAGUAAGGAAGGACCUUGAUUAUGAUUUCCUUAGAAAAUGUACAAAUAACAAUGAAGAAUUGUUAAAGAAUAAAGUUCAUCGAAUUCUGUCAAUUCAUGAAUUCACUUUAAUAAGAGCUCAAUUCUCGAUUCUUCUUUCAGAUUUAGAUAAUUUGACAUUAUCGUACAAUAAUUCGUUUUCUUUGGAAUGUAUUGAAUUAUCAAGAGAAAAAAUUGAAAACUUUAUUGAGGAAAGUUUGCCAUUAAUUGAUUUCAGAGAAAUUUCAACUGAGUCUGUGAAUAAAAAUCAUGAGCCGAACAAUAUAGAUUCUGAUCCAUCAAAUAUACCUUUAUCAAGAGAGGAACAAGAAAGGAGGUAUAUCGAAAAAUUGAACUUUUAUUCUUUUAAAAACUCAAAUGCUUUACAAACAAGAUUAAUGAAUAUGUUAAUGAUGUUAAGAACUAGUGAAGCUAUUUUCUUGCAUUUCGAAUUAAAAGUUGGAGAAGAUAAAGAAAAAUAUUUCCCUUAUUAUUACGAGUAUCUAGUAAGAUCAUGUAAGGACUCCCUCACAUUAAUUAAAAUGUUCAACGAUUUUUUCACUGAUAAAUACAAACAUUAUUUAUUGCCUUCAUCAUAUUAUAAUGUCAGGAAAAUUUUACAGUUGGCAUUACCUACAACCAUUUUCAGCACCCUCGGUAUUAUUCUUAGAGUUAAUUUGGCAUGCAAUGAGUUAUAUGCUAAAUGUCAAGAAAUGACAAAUGCCAAAACGUUAUAUGAUACUGAUUUAUUCAGAGAAUUAAACAGAAAAUUGGAAGUAAUCAGUAUUCUGCAGAAAGAUUUAGAAAUGGCUAUUGAGUUUAUUUACAUUUUUUCUUCUGAAAAUUUGAGAUUUAGAUAUUUUUCAGUUUUCAAAAUGUUUGCAUUGUUUGAUGUCAUUGUUCAAAGAAUGAGGAAAGGUGAAUUAUGGCAAGGGAUACUGAAAUUACCAAAUGCGGAUAACUUACACUCAAAAAUUGUAAAGACCUUAAGGAUGACCCUGGGUGUUGAAUUGAACAAAAAACAACAAUUGAUUCAAGAAUUGGAUAAGAGAAAUCACAUUGGAGAAAUUCCAUUGGAUGAUUUAGUAGAAUUAUGCAAAACUGUGAAAGAGAUAUACAAUGUAAUUCCAAGACCUCCCCAGGAAGAGGUUGAUCAUCAAGCUACCAAGGUUAAAAAAGAGGACGAAACAAAUUCCAUGAACGUCGGUGUUUCAAAUGAAACAAAAAUAUCUGACUUCCAGAUGGGGAAUGAUAAAAAUGUCAUUCCAGGAGAAAGAUCCCACUCACCUUACUCUAAAAUUCCAACCUCAGAUAAUCUGCAUAUGCUUUCUUCUGCGGCAAGUAUUUCUAAUAGUUUGAAUAUCGAUCCUAGUACAUUUGAUCAAAAGAGCACAAAUUUUAAUAACACGCCCAAUAAUAAUGGAAUUAUUCAAAAUGGUUCUAGCUCUGAGAUGAACAAAGAUAAGAGCGACACCCCUUCGCAAUCUAAUAAUAGUCUUGCAAGUCAAUUUGUUCAAAGUACCAAAGGUCCAUCUGUAAAUGGAAACUAUGAAUUUUCCGGUUUUCUGGGAGGUUUAGAUUUAUUUGAUUAUGAUUUCCUAUUUGGAAGUGACAUAUCUUAG